GGCAUACGAAAGGGCACAGCGGAAGCGCCGAAAAGUGAUUCGAGUCCUGGAUCUCAACUUACUCGGAUCGGCAUUCUUUCAUUACUGAACAGCCCCACUUUCUGCCUAGGUCUGUAGAUCAACAACGGGAACGGAAGAGAAACAGAAGACAGUAGAAGCACGGUAAAAACCCUAGGGCAAGGAAAGUAGGGCGAGCGGGGGAGGGAAGGCCAGGGAAGAAGAAGAAGAAGAAGAAGAAGGAAAAGUGUUGGGGAGAGAGAGAUAUGGACGUGAUAAAGACGCAGCAGAUCUCGGCGCGGGCGGUGGAGAAGGUGGUGGUGCACCCGCUGGUGCUGCUGAGCAUCGUCGACCACUACAACCGCGUCGCCCGCGACAGCAGCAAGCGCGUCAUCGGCGCCCUCCUCGGCACCACCUCCCGCGGCACCGUUGACGUCACCAACAGCUACGCAGUUCCUUUUGAAGAAGAUGAGAAAGACCCAAGCAUCUGGUUUCUAGACCACAAUUAUCAUGAAUCUAUGUUUGCCAUGUUCAAAAGAAUAAACGCCAAGGAACAUGUGGUUGGAUGGUAUAGUACUGGUCCGAAACUACGAGAGAAUGAUUUGGAUAUUCAUGCCUUAUUUAAUGACUAUGUACCUAAUCCUGUCUUGGUGAUUAUUGAUGUACAACCAAAGGAGCUAGGAAUACCAACCAAAGCAUACUAUGCUGUAGAAGAGGUCAAAGAGAAUGCCACCCAGAAAAGCCAAAAAGUAUUUGUCCAUGUGCCUUCAGAAAUUGCUGCUCAUGAAGUUGAGGAAAUAGGAGUUGAGCACUUGCUAAGGGAUGUCAAGGAUACAACAAUCAGCACCCUUGCAACUGAGGUUACUAGCAAGCUUGCAGCCUUGAAGGGAUUGGAUGCAAGGCUUCGAGAGAUACGAGGUUACUUAGAUCGUGUAAUUGAUGGAAAUCUUCCAUUAAAUCAUGAGAUUCUGUACCAUUUGCAGGAUGUAUUCAAUCUACUUCCGAAUCUUAAUGUCAGUGAAUUGAUCAAGGCUUUUUCAGUGAAAACAAAUGAUAUGAUGCUGGUUAUAUACCUGUCUUCUUUAAUCCGGAGUGUUAUCGCACUUCACAACUUGAUAAACAAUAAGGUGCUGAACAAGGAGCAUGAGAAGGCAGAGGACUCUAAGCAACCUGCAGCCAUACCAACCGCAGCGGGCAGCUAAAAGCUGCCAUGCCUUUUGACAGCUUCCACACAUGAUUGCUGGUUUUGAGAUUAAAAUGGUUGAACUUAGAGUUGUUCCCCCGAAGGGGCUACAUUGAUGUGCUCUCCGUUCGAGGCUUCUUUCUGAUAUUGAGCCGUAUACUGUUGGUGGAUGAUCAAAAUAUCAGACUUCUAUAUAUGUUAUUUAUUCAUCUUUUGAGUUGGUUAUGCUAGACAUCCUUGUCCUUGGAGGGCUAUCUUUUACAUAAAAAAAUUUGUGGUGUAUCCCUGUCGAAUAUACAAUUUACUGUCUCCACUAAUAGGGGCUUUGGUUUGCAGUAAUUUUAAUUCUGAACUCUGCAUCUCAAUGGACAAGACAGGAUGAUUGUUAGCUGCGUCUGUAAGCGUUCUAGGUGGGUCUAAUGAUAUUUGUUGCCAUGUUCUUUUGUGGUAAGCUCACACUGUUCGAAAGUAUUAUAGAUUCGUUUUGAAGUUCUUGCCAGGGAAUCGUCGUAGCUGGCAACUU